AAGCAAGGUGCAAAACAAAUACCUUUGUUCCUUGGAUGAAUCACACCAGGAUCUGCUGGAGAACAGCCAGUACUGCCCGAUUUGUAAAAGUAUGAAACAUUCCCCCAUGGCUUUGCAAGGGAACAGGCAAACAGCCAGAGAGCUCUAAAGUCAAAACCACGCCUCUGUGGUUGACUCUCCUCCCCAACUCAGUGGCUCAAAUGACUCAGUUCAGAGAAAUAUCCCACACAUCGAGAGCUGCCCUGCGAGCCCCUUGUUGCUGACAGAGUUGCUUCUUGGGAAGAGAAUUGAGCAAAUUGUGGUGAAAAGAGGCUGCCAAGUGCAUCCACCCCACAGAGCCCAGGAGAACGUCAGCCCCGGGCCAUGAGGUUUCUGUGCCACGAUGGGGAAGGGAAUCCAAAAGCCAAAUUCUUCAAUCCAGGAAGAAACACUGAACACCUGCAGUGAUCCAGAGAAACAGUGCAAAUGGGGGUCCUACAGAACCGAGUCAGACCGGAGAACAUCCCCCAAGACGUGUGUUCUCGCUCAGAGUGUGUUCCUGGGGAUCCUCAGCUUGAGCCUGGUCGUGGCACUGACUGUUCUCGGUGUCAGACCCCCUUUCCCUGAGCCGGAAUUCUCCCACGUGUGCCCAGACACCUGGCCUGGUUUCCAAGGAAAAUGUCAUUAUUUUUCUGAGGCUGAGGGUAACUGGACCACGGGCCGGGAAAGGUGUGAGGCCCUGGGAGCUUCCCUGGCCACCAUAAGCACGAGGGUUGAACUGGCCUUCCUUCUGCGCUAUAAAGGUGAAGCAAACCACUGGAUCGGGCUGAGAAUGAGGGAUAACGGCUGGGAGUGGAUCAAUGGCACGGCCUUGAACGGCAGGUUUGAGGUGAGGGGUGGAGGACCCUGUGGGUACCUGAACUAUGGGUGGAUCAGCUCGUCCCUGUGCCACACGGAGAAGAACUGGAUCUGCAGCCGCCCCAAUGACUAUGUCCUGUGGAAGGGGAAAUUAAGAGACCCCAAAACAGGAGUUUCACCCUAGAUCUCCAACCAGAUGAGGGAGCUUCACCCCAGCACUGCAACUGGAACUGCUGGGGGAACAUCCCAGUUGUCCGGUCAGGAAAUUUUCGCUGAAUAUCUCAAAAAUAUCUUGUAUUGGAAAGCACCUCACAAGGAUCAUCAAGUCCAACCCUCAGCCCUGCCCAGGCCCAUCCCCAGGAGUCACCCCCUGUGCCCCAGAGGAUCAUCCAAACCCUCCUGGAGCUCUGGCAGGUUUGGGGGCUGUGCCCACUACCCUGGGGAGCCUGGGCAGUGCCCAACCAGCCUCUGGGGGAAGAACCUUUUCCUGGGAUCCAACCUGACCCUACCCUGACACAGCUCCAGCUCUUCCCUGGGGUCGGCAUCCAGAGGGACCUUGAAAAGUCCUCCAGCAAAGCCUUGGACACUGUCUCCCAGGGCACACUCCUGGAAAAGCUGCAGCCCAUGGCCUGGACAGGGUUGCACAGGAAAGCAGGGAUGGAGCCACUUGGCUUAUUGUUAUCUGUAGUAAUAUAAAAGCAUAAAAAUAACUCUUAAGUAUCAGGAACCAACAUUAUAUGACCCUGAGAGAAUCUCAAGGGGAGCUCAGCAACUUUAAUGCAGACAUGGUGAGAUGUAUCCAUGUGUGUGUGAAAUUGUUUGGGAGUAUUUUUCUCCUGCUCUGUAAAUGCUUAAUUAAAAAGUAGAUAUAGAGAAAAGUCACUAACAGGAAUUUACUGCUUAUGUAACUGGGUGCAUAAACCAUGAAAAAAUUGUAAUAAAAUUUUUUUUUGUACCACACGAGGUCCGUGCCCGAGUGUGUCAGGUGGAGGCAUCAUCCAGCUUCCCAGCUGCGGGCGAGGAGAGCUGGAAAGGGGCUUUUUGGCAUAUCCACUUGUGGUCACCGACACAGAUAUCAAGAUCCAAGUGGUUGCCUUUCAGGGUCCCACACCCUUCAUCCAGCUCCGGCAGGUCCCCAAACCUGCACGACAAAGGGUUUAUUGGCUGAGAGGAGCAAAAAGUGUCCCAGUCCUGCCGGAAAGGAGACAAAGGGGUGUUUCUCUUGCCCUUUUCCUGCACUGUUUUCCGGGGGAGGUGCCCGGCUGUGAGGGCGGUCAGUGCAGUGCAACCUCUCCUCUUCCUCGUCCCCGCCUUCCUCGGCGACGUCACGGGCCCGUCGGAAUAAAACGCUCCGGCGGCCAAGAAA